GUCCCAUUACGAUAAUUAGCUUAUCGUGAUUAUAAUAGAAGUGCAAAGAGUCAUUUUUUUACAAGAAGUAGGGAGUAGGUGCGCAGCUUGUCGAUGUGACUUUGACCACCCAUCGAGAUUUUGAAAAGUAGAAGUCUGCUUUUGGAAAUUUACGCUAACUGACAGUGAUCGGGAGUGGGGGAGAAGUUAUAAAAACAUUUCUGAGUGGACUGCGUGCAGCAGCUGUAUUGUUUUUAGGAUCGCCGUUUAGUACGGAAGUAGCUAUUUUUUGAAGGGUACAUAACUUCAUUUGUAGGAAAGAGAAGAAUACAUCACAAGGUCUAACCAUGAUGUAUACUGGUACGUCCGCGGAGCAGGAUAACCGCUUUAGUGAUAAAGAGAAGAAACUUCUCAAACAGAUGAAGUUUGGCGAUAGCUUGAGUCGGAAGGUUGAUAUGUCCAAAGUAAAGCUGGAAGUAAUAAAACCCUGGAUAGCUCAGAAGAUAACAAGUCUCCUAGGAAUAGAAGAUGAUGUUGUUGUGGAAUUUGUUUUCAACCAGUUGGAGCUAAAGUCUUCUAGCAGAAGAGGAACCAUACGAAGUCUGGAGCCCUUGCUAAGACGAGAUGUGCAGCAUCCAGAUCCCAAGAAAAUCCAGAUCAACCUAACGGGCUUCCUUAAUGGAAAGAAUGCAAGAAUAUUCAUGUCGGAGUUGUGGGAGCUAUUGCUGUCAGCACAAGAUUCAGUUAGUGGGAUCCCUGUGCAGUUUCUUGAGCAGAAGAAGGAAGAGAUAAAAAAGAGAAUGGAGGAACAAGACAGGCUUCAGGAGGCAAUGAAGACUAAACUUGAAAAGGGUAAGGAGCGAGACAGCAGUAAAGAUCGCAAACGGAGCAGAGACCGUGAAAGGGAGAGAGACAGGAAACGGAGCAGAUCAAGAGAGAGGCACAGAGAUCGUGACAGAGAAAAGGAGAAGAAAGAGCGUGACAAGAACAGGGAAAGAGAAGAGAAGGAGAGGGAGAAAGAGAAGGAAAGAGAAAAGGAACGUGAAAAGGAACGAGAACGUGAAAGGGAAAGAGAGAAGGAAAAAGAGAAGGAGAAGGAGAGGGAGCGAGAGAGAGAACGUGAAAAGGAGAGGGAAAGAGAGAAAGAAAGAGAACGAGAAAAAGAAAAGGAACGUGAGAAGGAGCGAGAAAGGGAAAAAAGACGGAAUGAAAACAACCACCAUUCAUCUUCUGGAUCAGAAUCACCACCACUAUCAAAGAUUUCAAAUUCCCACAGUGGAAAUGGUCAUACUAAAAGGGAACCUUCAUCCUCUCCAGAACCACCUCCACCAGGAGAGGAACCAAACAUUGAGCUUCCAAAAAUGCCAGUGUCAAGCCUGCAGGCGAAGCUGAUGAGCCUUGCGGGUGGACCCCGGCCGAAGACAAGAUCCAGAUCAGCCUCUAGAUCGAGGUCACGCUCACAUACCAGCUCACCAUCCAGAUCACGAUCGCACUCCAGCCAUUCGCGGUCGAAGUCAAGGUCACGUUCAGUGGACAACAGCAGCAAAAGGCUGCCACCACAGAAGUCAGAAUCUCGGUCUCGGUCACGAUCGCGAUCCCGUUCCCGCUCACGCUCACGUGGCAGUUCAUCGGUGUCUGACAGAGGUGGUGAUUUUGGUGAAGGAUCUGAUGGUCGUGCAUCUCGUUCCCCUAGCAAACAUUCUAGAAGUUCAGUUUCAAGUCGUAGCUUGUCUUCAUCUUCGGACCAGUCAGACAAAAAUGCAGGGGGCAAAGAAGAGGACUUCGAAAUACAUAAAAAGGAGGACAGCAUCCAGAAGAAGAGGCACUACCGAAGUAACAACAAAGAUGCGUCAUCAGGCAGCGAAUCUGAUGCAGAAAAACCUAGUCGCAAGGAAAGGAAAGUUAGGUCUCUCUCGCGUUCUCCCACCAGACGACCACGCCAUGGUGAGACUCGGGAGUUACAUCGAGAAAGAGAACGUGAAAGAGAGAGAGAUCAUCGUGAUAGAGACAGAGAGAGGGAGAGAGAUGCUGAAAGGAGGCAUUACCAGCGCUCAAUGGAGCGCAUGUCUGCAGUGGAGAGAGAUAGGGAAAGGGAACGUGACAGGGAACGUGAACGAGAACGAGAACGGGAGAGGAGAAGAGAGAGGGACAAAGAGAGAGAGAGGCACCGUAUGCCACCACCUGUUGCGCAUCGUCCUCCAUCCAGGAGGAGGAGCCCGAGGAGAAGUCCUCCUAGGAAUAGUCGCAGUGGUAGCAGACGAUCACCAUCUCCGCAUCGCUCUAGAUCACCGCUGAGAAGCAACCACAGUUCCAUUGACAGACUGGAAAGGCGACGAUCAUCUCCUGUGCCUAUUAAGGAAGAAAGAAGGAAAAAACCAAUCCCUGUAUAUUCUAAGUCACGAAGUAUAUCUCCUGCAGCACGUAAGAGGAAGCAUUCACGCAGCUUGUCAAGAACUCCAUCGCCUUUUAGGAAGGUGUCCAGCAGAGAACAUGAAGUCAGCCCGGAGAGGAAAUCAAAAAACAAACCUAGAAGGACAUGGGAGGUGCUGAUGGUCGGCCCUGCUGGUUAUAGGUUUUCUCCAAAUGCUGCCUCUGAUCAUCCUGUACAAGAAAGAAUCUGUUCGCCAGAGGUUCGUCGUGAGAAGAAACGAUCUGCCCCUCCAAGGCAUUCUUCACCACCACCACCAGAGGAUGACGAUGAUGAUGACGAUAGGGAAGAGAUAGAUCAAGAGGAAGAUGAAAGGCAGCAGGAAGAGGAAUCACCACCUCGUAGACGCAGCAAUGAGCACAAGACUGUGAGGAAACGGUCCGAGUCGCCUAUUGCUUCUAAAGUAAAGAAACAUGAAGAAAAGAAGCAUAAUGUUUCUCAGAGUUCAGAGUCUCCAUCUCCAAAAAGAAAUAAAUUGGAAUCACAAGAGAAACGCGUUAAAAAGCAAGAGACAUCUGGAUCAGAGGACUCUGCUGAAGAGAGGGAGAGAGUGUCAAAAAAGAAAAGGCUUGUUUCAACUUCAGAGGAAGAAAUCAAGAUAAAGAAAAAGAAAAAGAAGAAACAGAAAGAAUCUAGUAGUGAGUCUGAUAUGAAUAGUGACAUUGAAGUGGAGGGGAAGAAGAAGAAGAAAGACAAGAAGCACAAAAAGCACAAGAAACACAAAAAACAUAAGAAGCACAAGAAACGCAAGAUGGAGGAAAGUGAUGCCGACAGUGACUCAAGUGUUGCAGAAAACACAGAGGAACUUGAAAGACGUUUGAGAGAACGUGCAUUAAAAUCAAUGAAGAGAAGUGAGGACGACAAUAGCAAGUGAAAAUCUGAUGCCUGACUGCAUAUGUGCAGCUGUAUAGAAGACGACGUUCCUUAUUAAUUACUUCACGCUACAUGUUCAGACUGACAGGCGUAUAGCAUUCUUCAUUUUCCCCUCCCACACGAGCUCGCUGGUCAGUGUGAAUGUAGCAAAUGUGUUCAGUGCACCGUGAAACUUGGAAAAGUGUUGGAAUGUGAUGUAAUCGUUGCGGUCCAAUGUAACAUUUUUUUCACAAACUGUGCCACAGAAGAAACAUUUUAAUGUAUAGUAAGGUCUCAUUUUGUAAGUGUUAGAAAUGUGUGCUCAUUAAAGGUGACUGAGUACUGUUGAAAAUGUAUGAUGAUUUUUCACAUAAAUAUUUAAAGAGAAAAAUAAACUUGAUGUUCUUUUUUCUUU